GCUUUCAGUGCUAGAUUUACAACUCAAUUUGGAUGGAUAUCUCGCAUGAUCUGCGAACAUAAACAACAGGCAAAGAUAAACGAUGUUGACGGCUGUUCCCUUCAUUAACAUUCGGCGGCCAUCACCGCCGCCGCAUAAAACGCCUGAUCCACAGCCGGACAGUUAGCAGUUUGCAACUAAGAGUGGAGGAUAGAGCAUAGUCAAGAUGAAGUGGUUUAGUUUGUUCCUUGUGUUUGGCGUCUUGGCUUUGAUUGGGAGCCUGGGCACGCUGACUGCCGCGGAGCCAGUUCCAGCUCCCGAGCCAAAGGGUCGUCCGCAUACCACACGACGACCGCGAAACGAUAACGACAACGAUCGACGCUAGCAACCCGAUCAGGAGGAGCUUCGGAAGGAUUCCCAUUACCAUACCAGGAGAUGCACCGAAAUACAGAAGAUAGAGAGAGCACAUCAACUUUUGGUGAAGGUCAAAUGUUUUGGAGUUGAGCAAAUGCAAUUUGUUGAGGUUCUGCUCGUGUAGCGGGCCGGACUUCCUCUACACAAUAAAGAAUGCAAUGCAAAUCGAA